AUGGCAUCUACUACAUACAACCUCCAGAAAGCCAUAGACCUUGCUGGCAAAGCAGCGCAAGAGGACAAAGCUGGAAACUACGAGGAAGCCCUUCAGCUCUACCAACAUGCAGUGCAGUAUUUUCUCCAUGUAGUUAAAUAUGAAACUCAGGGUGAUAAAGCCAAGCAGAGUAUCAGGGCAAAGUGUACAGAAUAUCUCGACAGAGCGGAAGUCCUCAAGGAGCAUCUGAAAAAGAAAGAAAAAAAAGCUCAGAAGCCCGUGAAAGAGGGGCAGCCGAGCCCAGCUGAGGACAAGGGGAAUGACAGUGAUGGAGAAGGAGAAUCUGAUGAUCCUGAAAAAAAGAAACUACAGAACCAACUUCAAGGUGCCAUUGUUAUUGAGCGACCAAAUGUGAAUUGGAGCGAUGUGGCCGGUCUGGAAGGAGCCAAAGAAGCCCUCAAAGAGGCUGUGAUACUACCUAUCAAAUUCCCGCAUCUCUUUACAGGCAAAAGAACCCCCUGGAGAGGUAUCCUGUUAUUUGGCCCACCUGGAACUGGAAAGUCCUAUUUAGCCAAAGCUGUAGCAACGGAAGCCAACAACUUUAAGAACUUGUUCCAACUUGCCAGAGAAAAUAAACCUUCCAUUAUCUUCAUUGACGAAAUUGACUCUCUGUGCGGUUCAAGAAGUGAAAAUGAAAGUGAAGCUGCGCGCAGAAUUAAGACAGAGUUCCUAGUUCAAAUGCAAGGGGUUGGUGUGGACAAUGAUGGAAUUUUGGUCCUGGGAGCUACAAAUAUACCCUGGGUUCUGGAUUCUGCUAUUAGGCGAAGGUUUGAAAAGCGAAUUUAUAUUCCUUUGCCUGAGGCCCACGCCCGAGCAGCAAUGUUUAAGCUGCACUUGGGGACCACUCAGAACAGUCUAACAGAAAGUGACUUCCGAGACCUCGGGAAGAAGACUGACGGUUACUCAGGGGCGGAUAUAAGUAUCAUUGUGCGCGAUGCGCUUAUGCAGCCAGUACGAAAAGUGCAGUCAGCCACUCAUUUUAAAAAGGUUUGCGGCCCUUCACGUGCGGACCCUAACCAAAUGGUGGACGAUCUGCUGACGCCCUGCUCCCCAGGCGAUCCCGGUGCCGUUGAAAUGACAUGGAUGGAUGUCCCUGGGGAUAAACUUUUGGAGCCAGUUGUUUGCAUGUCGGAUAUGUUACGGUCGCUUUCUAGCACAAAACCCACAGUAAAUGAACAGGAUUUGUUGAAAUUGAAGAAGUUUACAGAGGAUUUUGGCCAAGAAGGCUAA